AUGAUAUUGCGCACGCCUAGAACGUUUGAGGUUCAGGUCCCAGCACUGUGGGUGAGUGAAGUUGCUUCUUUUGUUUCGUGUGGACUAACUAAAAUAAUCGCGCCAAGACAAGAGGGCUGUUCAAAUGUGAGUGGUGUGGAUGAGUUCAAUAGAUUUUGGAACGACUUGCAUGCACACUUCGUAAUGUUCCAAUGGAUCAAUCGCCUAAGGGUGUGCUUAACGAUUCUAAACGGCGCUCGUGGAACCCGUACCAUACAUGCCCUUACAGGAGGCACCACACUGGCUAUUUUAACUAAUCUCGUCACACUACAACCACAUGCCAAAAUUGACCAUGGGAGAACAACCCUUCUGGUCGCACACUCGUGAUAGUCUGAAAUAGUCCUCCAAAAAUGGACUUUCGUUCCAGUCCCUUUCUCCACUGUAAGCAGCGUUGACUUUUAUUGUUAUUGACUGGUAAUCAGAGUACAGCAUUUUCGUGUCAGCUCGGUUUCGCUGUGUCCAUCCCGUUUCCUGCAUUUUAUCUGCGUACUUAUCGAUGUUUUUGUAAAUACACUUUUUUUCCAAAAAAAAUUAAAA